CUUUGCUUCAAAUGUAUGCGUUUUAAAAAAUAACUGCACCAAUGGGUGAGAUGCAACUAGCAAUGCUUAUAUUUGCCCCUUUUCUAUUGCGUACUUUUACAUUAGAUAGGUCCCCCAACCUUUAAUCAACAAUUAAAAGACACGAAUGCUUCCAUAAAAGGAAAUUUUAAAGCAACCAUUUCAACUGCUGUUUUCCCCUCUCAUUUCCUUUUUUUCUUUUCCCUGCAAGUAUUUUUUUCCUAGCAAAAUGUCACAAUCUGAACAAUCCACUGUUGACAGGCAGCUCAAGAUAUUGAGCCCUCCCAAGAAUGCACCAGCCAUACCUGAAAUACCAGAAUCAGCUUAUAAAUUAGAUGCCAACGAAUUAAAAAUGCUGUACCAAUCUACUUUAGAAAGAAGAGAAAAGCUUGAAAGCAGGCCAUUAAAGACUCAAAAGAUGAGAGAUGCUGAAGACCAAGAAAGGAUGAAGAAGUAUCCCAAAACAACAAUUCGUGUUCGUAUGCCCGAUUAUACCAUUGUUCAAGCAGUAUUUCAAUCAAAAGAGACAGUAUCUCAACUAUACGACUUCAUACGCACAUUACUGGAAACACCUGAACGUAAAUUUGUCUUGUGCUUACCACCUAGAAAAAAGCUAACAGAUCCAUCAUUGACACUAUAUAAGGCGGGUUUAUCACCUGCGUCUAAUGUUUUGUUUGGUUGGAUUGAAAAAGGAGAACAAAGUGGAAGUGAUUUGAAGCAAGAGUACUUGAGUAUGAAAGAAGAGAUGCCAAUGCCAUCUCCAGAUCCAAGAGCAAGUGAAGGUUCUAGUCUACAAAGUGAGAGAAAGUCAUCUGGUAGUAGUAGUUCCUCCAAGAGUGUACCAAAAUGGCUUCAAAAAGGGUUGUUCAAGAAUAAAUAAAUGGGCACUUUUUGGACAGAUGGAAUUUUUUUUCAGUGCAAACUCUUAUGCAAAAACAGCCAAGAAUUGUUAAACGCUACUUUAGGGAUUCAUUUGCCCAGAUGGAAUAUAGAGUCGAGAAGAAACAAAUAAAGAGAUUUAUGUUCAUCUUCGUGGCUCUCUUAUAAGUAAAAUAAUGACUGCGGGGAGUGAUUUGUUUACUUGCAAUGGGCUGAGUGCAGGUUUAGAUAUAAUUUAUCUAUUCAUACAUAUCUCCUUUUUGGUCCCAACUGUUUAGCAGUGACAACAUAUUCGAGAUUUAAACCUGUUAUGAACAGUUUAUUCACAAUGCUGGUAGUCAAAACACGCAAAUACAUGACUAGGUUCAUAAACUGACAAACAAUUUUUUAAUAUCUUAAUGCUCUACUCUAAGCAUGAUCUUUCUCCCAUACUUUGUUCCUUAUCAAUAAAAUUAACAUUAUUUGAA